GUGGGCGAGUGAAGACCUGGAAGAGGAGAUGGUUCAUUUUGACAGACAAUUGUCUGUAUUACUUUGAAUAUACAACAGACAAAGAGCCUCGAGGGAUCAUUCCACUGGAGAAUCUCAGUAUAAGAGAGGUCGAGGAACCAAGGAAACCUAAUUGCUUUGAGCUCUACAACCCCAGUCACAAGGGGCAGGUAAUAAAAGCAUGCAAGACGGAAGCCGACGGGAAGGUGGUGGAGGGGAAUCACGUGGUGUACAGAAUAUCAGCGCCCACUCCCGAAGAGAAGGAAGAGUGGAUUAAAUCCAUCAAGUAAGACUUUAUCGUGGCAGGGCUUAUCGUUUUCUUCCUGUCUGACCGAGGCGUGUCAGCUGUAGGUCAUGUGCAUACACACACAUAUGCAAACUAAGACUAUCACAAAUGAUCACAGCUGUACAGUAGUUUCAGUGUUUUAGACGUGCGUACACAUGAAGGGACUGGGGAAAUGAGAAUGGCUCUCUUGCAUUGUAGUGCUGACAAGACUAAUGGAGUCAGACUGACCCAAGUCCUCUCAAGGUUAAAUGGGUUUCCUGAGGAUAAAUCAGCAUUUAUCGGCAGAGAAAAGGGAAGGCAAAGAGUGCUUAGUCUUUCAUUGUUUAGCCAUAAGUCUGGGACAUUUUUUCUGGCGUGGCCUUAAACAGAUUUCUUUGCUGCUCAAAUACCCCAUUUCUCUGUGUUAUUGAACCGAUAUAUACCCAAUAUAUCCUAUGUAAUUCAGCACUACAAAAUACUGUGUGAACUUGUCUGCUAUAGUGAAAUACAGGGUCCAAAAUUUUUUACAUACCUGCCAGAAAAUGUACUCA